ACUGACAAUUUAUAUAAUUUUUUAGUAAUUUUUCUUAAAUACUUGAGUAAUAAUAUUUGUGUAAUUUAAAGUUUAAGUUGUAUUUUGUUUUACUGUUAUUAAAUAAAAACAUAAAAUAAAGGCGAUUUCAGAAUGGGUAUGCGCAUUGUAAUAGCUGGAGAAUCACAAUGCAAUUUGUUCGCAGAAAUUUGCUUGGUAGCUGAUCACUUAUCACAAAAUUUACCCACAUUUUGUUAUGAACGUAUUGAAAAACCAGUGUCAGAAUGGAAGCCUUGGUUAUUUAAAAUAAACCAAAAGAACAAAUGGCACCAUAUCGAAUCGCCUCUUGUUUGGAAAGAGCUAUUGAUGACUGGUAGUGUGCCAGUUUACAUAGGAGGAGCGAGUGAAUUUCUGGAAUAUGUACAUUCCUACUACCUAUUUGAUGCAUUUCUUGCACCAAAAAGAUUCGAUCACCUAUCAGAUUAUUUUGGCCAAUUUCAAAAGAAAAUUAAACAGGAAGAUAAGCCUGAAACGAGAUUAAAUGUUUCUGAUUAUAUUCGGAAAACCAGCUUCUCUAUUUGUAUUUGUGGUGCUGGGAAUCCUUUAGCUAUGUUUCUUAUUUCUGGUCUUCUGGACACAUUUGAAGAAAUGAGCUUUAAUAAAAUAUACAUAUACGAUGAACUAUGCUCACAAAACUUAAUGGAUUUCAUAGAAAAUGAAUGUAAUUAUGUAGGAACUAAUUACUCAGGGAAAGUUGUGAAACAUGUAAACAAGAUUGGAGUUGCUCUUACAAAUACAGAUCUUUUGAUAUUACUAAGUUAUGUACCUUUUCGGUCAACAUAUUCAGUUGGCGAAUGGCUGUACAAAAACAAAAAACUCAUGGAAAACAUGGCAGUAAAAAUAAAUGCUACCGCUUCAAGGAAUAUGUAUAUCGUUAUACCAAACGUUGGGCCUGCUUGCUAUAACGCAACUAUUCUCGAGAAUUCACUAAGCAAAAUUAGUAAAAAUAACAUAGUGGUCGUUACAUCAGAUGUAGGACUAGAUAUUGUACCAGUUGCUGCUGAAAUAGCUGAAGUACCUUUAAGAAAUAUGUUUUGUCCGCCAGUGUGGGGAUUUGUUGGUAUAAAUCAUCUGGCUGAUAUCCAUACAACGUUCCAUAAAUACGAUAGUUUUCAUCCUUACGAUAGAUAUGCAAAAGUUAGAAAUUCUACUCUUUGUAUCGGAACUAUUACGCCAGAAAUGAGGACGAUGGAAUACUUGAUGUUUUUUGAUGAAAGCUUGUGGAAAACGGUCGCUGACAGAAAAAAUGUAAAGCAGAUGACGGACAGAAAGUUGGCUAUAAAUAAAACUGUUGCAGUUUUGAACUUAAUUAAAAUAUGGCUUUUUGAGCCAAACCCCAGUUAUAUAGUGAAUUUGGGCAUUAAAUGUGAUGGAUCUUUUGGAGUUAACUUUGAUGGAUAUUUUUCUCAACCUGCACACUUGGUAAAUGGAGAGUGGAAACCAGCAAGUCAUUUUAUAUUACCUAAAGAUCCACAAAUAAAAAUUUCGUAUUUGGAACAAAUGGCUAAAAUUAUAAUGAAUUUGGAGAGGACCGAUUUACCACAACUCAUUGAAUAUACUCCUUGUAUUUGUAGACGCAAACAGGAUAAAAAGAAAUCUGCUGAUCGAAGCAAGGUCACUGGUGGUGUGAAGAAAGUAGUAAUAUGAAGAAAAACACUGCACUAGCUUAGAAGCCCCCAAAUCCCUAGUAGCUUGCAACUCUGGACCAAGUUGAAGUAUUAUUUGGAAAAUUGAAGCAUAGCAUUUUUUAUCUUCUUGUGUACUUUUAUAUGCAUGAAAAUAAUUAGUUUUUUAAAGCUUGACCAGAAAAGUUAUAAAACUAGUAGAGUUCUUUUAGAGUUCCAUACACAAUU